AUGGAUCCAUUCUAUCCAUUUCCACUCGCAGGAGAAACAGAUGAUGUUCAUCUACGUUCUCGAUCACGAGAAACUAGCAACAAGCACAACAAGAAAGAUAAGAGGAUGUUGUCUCGAAACAACAGCGUAGAAAGAGUUGAAGGAGACGCAUCAUCAAUCUCUUUUACACUUACUAACCCAAAAGUGCUAGACUGCACCAUGUGCUUCCAACCCUUACGCCUCCCUGUCUUUCCGGUAUAUGUCAUCUUUUAUGGAGAUGAUCAGACUUUGUUGAGUAUGUUGAUUCCACAGAUUUUUAGCAGAGCAGGAAUUAAAAAACGUAGCUUGAACGCAGAAGCCAAUACUCUUAUCCACCAAGACUUACAGUAUAAAUGGAUGGUACAUGACUCUGAUGAACAUCUUCCAGUCUCAAGAACUACAGAAGAUGAAGAUGAAGGAUUUCAAGAUGAGGAAGAGGAAGAAGAAGAUAAAGAGGAGGAGGGUGGUGGAAUGGAAAAAGGAGAAAGUGAUGGUGGGGAAGAGAGAGAAGGGAUGGAUCCAUCUGCUUGA